GAAGCGGUUUCGCGGAUUCAUUACUUCGGAAGCCACGCGAACGCGAAGCGUCUCCUCCGCCGCUUUCUCUCUUGCGAUCGCCGAGGAAGCACCCAAAGCCACUGCGGCCGCCGUCUCCUCCUCCGUUUCCGAUCUAUUCGAGUUGCUUUCUGAGUUCCUUUCUUCCUCGAUCUCGAUCUCGAUCUCGUAGCUGGGUGGUUGAGGAUCGGAGGGAGGAUGUCGUACGCUUACCUCUUCAAGUACAUCAUCAUCGGUGACACAGGAGUGGGGAAAUCAUGCCUUCUUUUGCAGUUCACUGACAAGCGCUUCCAACCAGUGCAUGAUCUGACAAUUGGUGUGGAAUUUGGGGCUAGAAUGAUCAAUAUAGACAACAAGCCCAUUAAGUUGCAGAUAUGGGACACAGCUGGUCAAGAAUCUUUUAGAUCAAUUACAAGAUCUUAUUAUAGGGGUGCUGCAGGUGCCCUGCUUGUAUAUGAUAUCACCAGGAGGGAGACAUUCAAUCAUCUUGCUAGCUGGUUAGAAGAUGCAAGGCAACAUGCCAAUGCUAAUAUGACGAUUAUGCUGAUUGGCAAUAAGUGUGAUUUGGCUCACAGAAGAGCUGUGAGCACCGAGGAAGGUGAACAGUUUGCCAAGGAGCACGGUUUAAUCUUCAUGGAGGCAUCUGCCAAAACAGCACAGAAUGUUGAGGAGGCUUUUAUUAAAACUGCUGCAACGAUAUACAAGAAAAUUCAGGAUGGUGUCUUCGAUGUUUCAAAUGAGUCAUAUGGAAUCAAAGUUGGAUACGGAGGGGUUCCUGGUCCAUCAGGUGGGAGGGAUGUCUCAUCUUCUCAAGCUGGUGGUUGCUGCAGCUGAGGUUCCCUUCUCAUCCAUCCUGAACAGGGAUGGGAUAUCUUGUAUGUUAAAACUAUCCCUUAUCUCAGCAAUAAUCUCUAGACCUUGUUCCCUUUUUCUUGUGUGCAUAAGUUGCAUGGAUUUGAAUUGUUCUAAUAUUUGGAUUCUUUUUUAAAAAAUAUAUAUUUAUGUA